UAAGGAAUUAGUUGGGUUUUUAAGGGGAAAAAGGAAGUUUGGGUGAGGUGUUCCGGGAUUCGGGUGUUUGGCGGCGCCCGUUGCCGGGAGGGACGCGGGAAGAGUUGCAGGCGAGUUAUUUUAUGUCCCCGUCUUAACUUACGCCCUUUGCCCCGUCUGUUAAACGCCCCUGGGAGGAGGACUGGCCCUGCAGGAGGCGUGGGCGGCGAGGGCGAGGGUGCAGGAAGGCAGGUGUGGUGUUUGGGUUUAUUUGUGGUGGAGAGAGGUGUGGUGGGGCUGGUGGUGAUGGCAUCUUUUGGUGGGUCCCGCCGCCGCCGCCGCUGGGACAAAGAAAGAGCGAAAGGCGUCCAUUUCUUAGGCAGCCUCCCGGCCACAUCCCGCGGGCCGGUCCGUCUUAAUUUAUUACUCUGGCGGAGGUGGACGCGACAGGCUGGCCGGCGUGAGCGCGUCUUUUUGUACCUUUUAACGCAGUGCAGCAGGGAGUUUGUAUAUUUGUACGCGUGGAGAGCCGGGUUGGCGCGUGUGUUGUGCUGUGAUAGUAUUAAGUAGGCGGCGGGCGGGCUGGCGUGUGGUUUAUGGUGUAGAGAGUCAUGCGUCUUUGUCUGGGCCUGGCCACCGCCGCCGCCACCACCAUCACCUCAUCUUCCUUCGCCUGCUACUUCGCCUGCUACUCCUCCUCCUCCUCCUCGUGCUGCUGCUGUCGUUACCCCCUCCGUGAUGUUCUUGUCCACGCCGCCGCCAGUCCACGGUGCCGCUGCUCUGUCUCACGUUUGGACUUAGUGAGAAUCUGAAUCCGCGUGUUUGGUGACUGACGAGAGCGCGACUUAGAAAAACGAGAAAGAAAAAAAAACUUGUCUUCCUGCCGUGUCGGUCGAGCUGUUCAUGCUCCAGCCAGUAAUAUAGUAUACAAAGGUGGAGGGGGGAGAGGAUGGGGGCAGACCAGCAGUUUUGUCUUCGCUGGAACAAUUUUCACUCCAAUAUUACUACCGCCUUCGAGUCGCUGCGAGACGAUGAAGACUUCGUUGACAUCACGCUGGCUUGUGAGGGGCGCCAGAUAAAAGCCCACAAGAUGGUUCUCAGUGCCUGUAGUCCAUACUUCAGAAGUUUGCUUAAGGGUAACCCGUGUCAACAUCCAAUAGUGUUCCUGAAGGAUGUGACCUUCGCCAACCUGACCUCCAUCCUGGACUUUAUGUACCAUGGGGAGGUCAACGUGUCGCACAAUGAGCUGGCGACCUUCCUCAAGACGGCGGAGGCCCUGAAGGUGCGAGGCCUGGCCGAGGACGAGAAGAAAAAGGACUCGGAGGGCUACAAUGAGAGCAGCUCUCCCCCCCCAUCUCGGGGCGAGCCCCCUGACCCGGGGUCGUCGCCGCGCCCCGAGGAGGGCGGCAGCGCCCCGGAGACCCACCUGAGCGGGGAUUCCCCCCAGCCUCCCCCCUCCAAGAGACAGCGGCGGCGGUCGGCGACGUCGCUGCACUCCGCGGAGGACAACACGAGCGAGACGGUGCUGAGCGAGGGGCAGCGGGACUCCUCGGCCUCGGUGAAGAACGAGCCUCAGGACUACCCCGAGGACGAGGACAUGCUGGGCUCCUCCGUCCCGACCGCCGUCGAGACUCAGGACCUCAUCAAGUCCGACCUCGAGGACCCGGACGACCGCUCCUUCGGGCCCUCGGACUCCGUCACCAUCAGCCGCAGCCAGGCCGCCAUGCAGCAGCUGCAGGAGUCCUUCGGCUCCUUCCUGCCGGGCAUGGGCCAGACGCCCUCAGGGUUCCUGCCCCAAGGUGCUACAGACCUCCCCCGACCCCCGCCCUACCCCCUGGAGGGAGUGCAAGGUCUCCCUCCCGGCAUCUCUGCGCUACCUGGUCCCUCAAUGUCACAAGGUGCUAGCCAGGAAGCCGGCCAAGGUGCCGCGGCGGGGCAGCAGCGGUGCCCCCUGUGCCACAAGAGCCUCAGCCGCUGGACCAGCCUGCGCCGCCACAUAGAGGACAAGCACACACAGGGCGGCAUUCACGUCUGCCCGAUCUGCUUCCACGUGUACCGCACCAAGAACUCCCUGCACAACCACCUCAGCGUGUACCACCGCGGCGCCACGGGCUCCCGGGGCCGCCGCGGCCGCUACCCGAGCUACACGGUGCUGCGCCCCGCCACGGCGCACCAGCUGGCUGAGCUGAAGGCCGCGGCGCGCCGCAUCAACAUGCCCCCCGCAGCCCCAGACCUGCCCAACCCCGUGCCGGUGUCUGCCCCGGUGUCCGCCCCUCUCCCCGCCCCGGUCCCGGCCCGGCCCCUGCCCUGGCGCCCGCCUUGCCCGAGGAGCUGGGCGUGGCCGGGCACAGCACCGCCGGUGGCUUCGAGGCGCUGCUACAGGGCGACGCCGAGAUGGCAGGCGGCGCGCUGCUCCCCUCCCCGUGCAAGUCCUCCACCGCCUCCCCCACCGGGCUGGCCUCUCCACAGGGGGUGGACGAGUAGCCCCGCCCCCCGCCCCGCCCCGCCUCCACGCCCCGCCCUGCCCCGCCACACAGACUCACAAAACAAUACUAGAAUUACCUCACGGAAGACUAUAUUUUGUUACCUGAUGAGUGUGUCUGUUUUUGUACUUAAGGUGUUGGUGGCGGAGGUGCCCGCCCCGUCCCGCACCGCUCCCCCUAUCCGGGGUGGGCGGGGCGGGCCGGGCCGGGCCCCAGAGGAACCUAAAUGCCUGAUUGUCGUUGCAGGCGGUGGGCGCGCCUCCUGUUCCUCCGCCACCCACCCGCCCGCCGCCCACCCACCCUUUGGGGCCGCAUUUUCCCCCGCCCAGACGGCGGCGGCGCCCAUCCCAACGGCGGGCCCCGGCGGCAGUGGCGGCGGCGGCAGCUUGGCGGGGGGCGGGCCGGCAGGUCGGGGCGGGGCGGGCGUGGCGGUACCGGGGGCGCAGUGCCCCGUGUGCUUCAAGGUGCUGCGGGACAAGUACAAGCUGAGGACGCACGUGGCGGACAUCCACUCCUCCGUGCAGCACGUGUUCACAUGUCCCGUGUGUCACCGCGUGUACAAGACCAAGAACACGCUCACCAACCACCUCAGCCUCUCCCACAGGGGAUACCGCCGCCGCAGACCCCCACAGACCCCCGCCCCACUCCAACCCCAGGCCCCGCCCCAGGCCCCGUCCCAACCCCACCACCCUCGCUGAACCCCCACCACCCCCCUUAUCCUCCUGCCCCUCGCCUCGCCCCACUCUCAACCUCGCCCCGCCAGUAGUGACCCGCCCCACCGCAGAUCUCAGCGGAAACCUCACGGUCCAGGGGAGGUGAGGCCCCGCCCUGCUCCGCCCCGAGGUUCCCUGGAACAGGGUCGGGGCGGGGCGGGGCGGGACGGACCGCCUCCUGCUGGCGAGAUCUCAGUUAGCGUUAAGGUGAACAACCCCAUCCCCUCCUCCCUUCCGGGGCGCCGCCAAGCUGGCCGCCCCGCCGCUGCCCCGCCCCGCUAGUUCCCCGCCCCGCUUCUCUGUGCUGUUGUCCCCGCCACAUUUGUUUGUUUGUCUGUCUCAGUUGUGUCAGACCAGCUUACCGUGCCAAUGAACGGCCGCUGCCCGCCCCGCCCCGCCCCGCCCCACCCAACAGAGGGCGGGGCGGGGCGUCACUGCCCAGUAGCCCACGUCACUAGAGUUCCUAGCCCCACCUAGAGGCCAGCCCCUAGGGCCCGGCCGCCCUAGAUCUCUGCCCCUCGCGGCUGUCACUUGUAUACGAUUUUUCAAGUUGUUGUUCCUGGGUUGUAGCGUGUAGGGCGCCGCCGCCACGCCCGCCGCACGCCCGCACGCACCACGCUGCCCACGUCACCUGGCCACACCCUCAUACACCGCGGGCGCUGACACACACACACAUACACACUCCCCGUCGCGCCACAAGGCGUGCUGACUUAAACUGUAUGUAGAUAUUCGUGGCGUGCGAAGCCUGCCGUGUGUGAGAGAUGAUGUGGAGAAUGUGAAGACAGGGAGGCUGGAGCUGACAUGUAGGACCAAGGAGUUAGAAGGAAGGAAAGAAAGAUGCUGCAGUUAGGAGGAAGGGAAGUGGUAAGGAAACUGAAAGUAUGAGGAAGGAGUUGGAAGGAAGUAUGACAGUAAGGAAGAAGUUGAAGUUGGAGGAAGGAAGGCAAUAAGGAGAUAGGAGGAAGGAAGGAGCUUAGAGUGAAGAGGAAGGAGGUAAGCAUGUCAGCAUGAGCCACACGCGGAAUGAAGUUUUUAUCAAUAUAUAUAUAUAUAUAUAUAUAUAUAUAUAUAUAUAUAUAUAUAUAUAUAUAUAUAUAUAUAUAAGCAAAGAAUGACCCAAGAAAGCAGGAAGACACGAAACACAAAAUAACACACUUUUCAGCUUAACUUGACGGAUAAGCCCCGCCCACUUCCAUGCCUUACGAGACAGUGAUUGGUUGAUCGAAACAUGAGCUUUGCCUCUCUUCUCUCACAUGAAACACGUGAUUGGUGAACUCAAGUAGCGCUAUAUCGUGACUGGUUAGCGCUGUGAGGAAGGGGCGUGGCUUACCGACCAGGUUAAGUGGAACGGACCUACACUUCAAAAACCAACACUUGACACUUGACACUGCCAACGCUUCAUGAUACUUAUAAAGGGAGAUUUUUACUUUUAUACUAGUACACUUUCACUUUAGAGCACUUUUUAGAGGGAGAUAGAGCCAAGAUUUUAUACCUUUAUCCAUGUAGUGUGGUAUUGUACGGUACAUCACACACACACUUCACCAUACAUGACACACAGAGAGAGAGAGAGAGAGAGAGAGAGAGAGAGAGAGAGAGAGAGACUGCAAAUAACACACAGCUCAUCCUACAAAAUUGGGGAUCCUGUGUGUGUGUGUGUGUGUGUGUGUGUAUGGACUUGUGUGAGGAGUACAUGAGUGAGUGAGAGCGCGUGGCCUAUCGUAGUGACAAGUGGUGGUGAGUGCGUUGCGGCGUGUGGGGGGCGGGGGUGAGGACGCCAGACGCUGUAGAGGAUGGUGUAGACGACGGUGUAGUGGUGGUGUCCAGUGUCUCCCGCAUAGGUUAUUUUGUUACCUGGAGACGUAGAGUAUUUAAUUAUCAUUUUUUAAAUAAAGAGUUUAGACAA